UCCAGAAGCACUAAAGUACUUGAUUUUGUUUUAAUUGCUAAGCCACAAAGACUGCAAACAUGUCUCUGGAAGACAUCCACAUGAGCACUCAGGAUUUGCACGAGGAACAACAGUUAGAUGCUGGCGGAUUUGGAACAAUUUCUUUGUGCUUUCACAAGAAACAUGGAUAUGUGGUGUUAAAAAAAGUGUAUACAGGACCCCAGCGCACUGACUAUAACAGUUCCCUUCUGGAAGAAGGCAGGAUUAUGCACAGCCUGCAGCAUGACCGUGUGGUAAAACUACUAGGUAUUAUUUUGGAAGACGGAAACUACUCACUUGUGAUGGAGUAUGUGGACCGGGGGAACAUGAUGAAAGUGCUACAGAAAUUCUCACUGCCUUUGUCAGUGAAAGGACGUUUUGUGCUGGAGAUCACAGAAGGAAUGCUUUAUCUGCAUGAACGAGGCUUCGUACACAAAGACCUAAAACCAGAAAACAUCCUUGUGGACAGAGACUUUCACAUCAAGAUUGCAGAUCUCGGUGUUGCCUCCCUGAAGAACUGGAGUCGGCUGACCCAAGAAGAGACUGUCCGAAAAAAACAAACUAAGAACACUUGCCAGAACAAUGCUGGGACUCUUUUCUAUAUGGCCCCAGAGCAUUUACGCUCUCUUAAUGAAAAACCUGUGGAGAAGUCGGAUGUUUACAGCUUCGGCAUAGUGAUCUGGGCAAUUUUUGCUGACAAAGAGCCAUAUGAACAUGGAAUAAAUGAAGCCCAGAUUUGCUUUGGCAUCAUUAAUGGAAAUAGACCAGACAUAAAGGAGAUCACUGGUAAAUGUCCAGGGGAAAUUAUUGCCUUAAUGAGACAGUGUUGGGAGCAAGAGUCAGAGAAACGGCCAAACUUUGCGGAAAUUAGUCAACGAUACAAGCCAUUUUACUAUCAAAAUCUAGGAAAAACUAUUGAAGCUGAUCUGAAGGAGUUAAAAAAAACAUGUCCCGAGUCAAAUGAGCUACUGAAUAGGAUGGAAUCCCUUCAAAUAGAUGCUAGAGCAGAAGAUACCAGUAACGGUCAAGUCGAUCAGCCUUAUUCUCUACACAGCUCUCAAGGUCCCAUGACUGGUCAGGUUAACGAAGCCCCGAUUGCUGCCUCCACUGAGAACCAGCCCGUUGAGAGCUGCGAGACCUCAUUUACAUCUGCUGAUAAUCUAGAAAGAAAACUUCAGCACGAAUACAACUACCAUGUAUUCGGGAGCCGGAUGGAUAAAGCAGUUCCACCUGCAGGAUACGCGGCUGCAACGAGAGAGGCGGAAAAGAGACGAAGAGUUUCCCAUGAUCCAUUUGCAAAGUCAUCUCUUACUCGUCAUCUGUAUCUAACAGCCGAACAAACAGGGUCAAACACUAAUCCGUAUUUUUGGCCACAGCCAGCUGCAACACCACCAAACUGGGGAACUGUAGAUACUUUUUAUCGGCCAAGUCCUAUCAGUCUUCUGAAGGGAAACACAGAGAGUCCCUAUGGAUUGCGUUCAGGCAAUCUCUUCAGCCUAAGUAAGCCUCCUGUGCCUGAAUCUGGCCCAAACCAGCCAUUGCAGAGCAACGUAAACUGGUAUCCAAAGAACACGGACACAGAUACGGGUAACACAGAUUCCAUUCCUUUUGCAAGGGGAACUUUUACAUAUCAACCUAAUACAUCCAGACUAAGCACAGAGGAUUCAGUCAACGUGAACAUAACUUCCAGUUCUGGAAUUCAAAUUGGAUCCUACAAUGACAUGACGAUUGAAAACCACAAUCAACACACCAGCACUUCUCCUGCUUCAACAAAGGAAACAUACAAGCAUUAUGAAGCAACGGGUAUAUUUGACAGUACUAGUGUCCUGACUGAGAAACAUGUGAAUCUAGUGAGAGAAAAUUUGGCCAAACAGUGGAAGCCCUGUGCUCGUAAACUGGGCUUCGGUGAUCCCGAGAUUGAUGAAAUUGAUCACGACUAUGAACGAGAUGGACUAAAAGAAAAAGUUUACCAAAUGCUGCUGAAGUGGAGAAAUAGGGCAGGCUCCAAAGGCGCUACAGUUGGAAAGCUUGCCAAAGCCCUCUUCAGCUGCCAAAGACUAGAUCUCCUUACUAGUUUGAUGCAAAUCGAAGAGGAGUAA